GGAAAUUCGAGCUCUCGUCUUCACCCAGGGAGGCGUCAUUGCAAGGAAAGCUGCAGAGCUCCCGGCUCCAAAUCCUCCCGCGCGCGCCGGGGCGGAAUGGAACGCUGACCCGGGAAUGGAACGUUGGCCCGGGAAUCUCGCGCCACCUCCCACGCGCCGCCGCCGAUUUCUCGGAAAGGAGCGCAGUGCAAAGAAGGCGCCCGGUGCCGGGCCUUCGCCAUUGGCCGGGGCUCCUCCCUCGCCUGUCCUCUGAUUGGCUGAGACAUCCACUUGCAGGGCGUGGACCUGAGAUUCUGCAAACUGGGAGAUAUAGAGAUGCCUUUUUAGCUGGCUUUUCGCCUCCGGUGAACUGGCGGCGCGGGUGGAGGGAGACUGGUGCAGCUGCUGCGACUCGGGCAGAUGUGGAGGAUGGGCGAUCGAAACGGUGGUCGACGGCUGCGGCAGUGGCUGAUCGAACAAAUCGAUAGCGGAAUGUACCCAGGGCUGAUCUGGGAGAACGAGGAGAAGACCAUGUUCCGGAUCCCAUGGAAACAUGCUGGGAAACAGGAUUACAAUCAGGAAGUGGAUGCAUCUAUAUUCAAGGCUUGGGCAGUGUUCAAAGGAAAAUUCAAGGAAGGCGACAAAGCUGAGCCCGCCACCUGGAAGACGAGGCUCCGCUGUGCCUUGAACAAGAGCCCUGACUUUGAAGAAGUGACUGACAGGUCCCAGCUGGACAUCUCAGAGCCGUACAAGGUCUACCGGAUCGUUCCUGAAGAAGAGCAGAAAUGCAAAAUGGGGAUGGGGAAUGGAUGCAGCUUGAGCGAAAUCACGGACAUGGAGUGUGCCACUUCAACGAUAGAUGGCCUGAUAAAAGAGCCUCCCACGGUGGAUGAAUGCUUUCACGCAAUAAAAAGGAGCCCUUCACCAAUCCAGGACACCUGUAGAAAUCCCCCAGUACCCGACUGGUGGACGCAUCAGCCAAGUCCUGUUUUGUCUCUGAUGAACGGAUUUGCUGGCUACGAACCACUUCAUGCAGGCUACUCCCAAAUGGUGAUCAGCUUCUAUUACGGAGGGAAGCUGAUGGGCAGCACGACGACCUCCCGUCCCGAAGGCUGCCGGAUCUCCCUGGGAGAGCUCCCUUACGGCCUGGAGAGCCUGGAGCACAUCCGGUUCCCCUCGGCGGACGCCAUUCCCAACGAACGCCAGCAGCAGAUCACCAAGAAGCUCUUUGGCCACUUGGGGCGGGGCGUCUUGCUGCACUGCAACAAGCAAGGCGUCUUCAUCAAGAGGCUGUGCCAGGGCCGGGUCUUCUGGAGCGGGAACAUCAUGCCCUUCAAGGACAGGCCCAACAAGCUCGAACGGGACGAGGUGGUCAAGAUCUUCGACACCAACUACUUCCUGAGAGAACUCCAGCAGUAUUAUAACAACCAAGGCCGUUUCCCGAACAGCAAAGUCCUUCUGUGUUUUGGGGAGGAGUUUCCAGAUGCUACCCUUUCACGCUUCAAGUUGAUCCUCGUUGAGAUCGAGCAACUGAACAUUCGGCAGUUGGUGGAGAAUGCGGGCAAGUGCAACGGCAGCCCCCCAAUGCUCCCCAUGGCUGAGGAGGUCCACUAUGACCCGAUGUACAGAAACUUCCAGGAUUCUUGUGGGCCGCACCAAAGACCAAUCUUCAGGGAAAAUCAACAGAUCACUGUUUGAGACUCCAGUCCUUUUUUUUUUUUUUUUGAGUAAAAGGAUUCUGCUUAGAUCUA